AUGGAUGCGGGGCUGCUGAGUGUAAUCCUGGGCACUGUCCUAGUGCGGGUGGAGACGGCCACGCAGGACCUCAAUCUACACAGAAUUGUAGGAUUUUGGCGAGAAGUUGGUGUGGCCUCCAGCCAAAACCUGGCGCUAAAGACCCCAAAGAGGCUGGAGGCCUUGUUCCUGACCUUGAGUGGAGAUGAGCUGACGGUGAAGGCUGCUUACGACAGCUCAGGAAGUUGUGAGACAGAAAACAUAGUGGGCUCAGAAACCGACGUUUCGGGGAGAUUUGUUUUUCCUGCUAAGAACCGCUGCCCGGUUGUCACAGCACAAACUGGGCCAUCGUUCAAGGGCUGGGUCCCCCCGGCCCCCUGCCUGGUAUUGCUGGAGGGUCUGGUGCUGGGCGGGGACAGGAUGGAGUCAGACCCUGCCCAGCCCGGUGCACGCGGGCUCUCCUCCCCCCACCCCCCAGGCCACAGGGAGACCCACGUGAUAGACACGGACUACGAGCAGGACGCCAUUCGGAGGGUGUCCCUGCACUGGCAGGUCCAGGAUUUCCACGUGCUCAAAUACUUUACUCGGAGCCUCGAGGACGAGUACGGACCAGGCUUCUGGAGGUUCUGGGAGUUGACAGCUGAUGUAGGGCUGUACCUGGUGGCCCGGCACGGGAGGUGUGCCAAGCUCCUGAAGGAGGUGAGCCUCGCCCCCUGCUGCGCCGAGCCCCCAGGCUGA